UUAGUUCCCAUUUUUUCAUUUCAUUAAUAAGUUGAGAGUUCUAUUCAGUCAUGAAAUUAAUUUUGUUAUUUUUAACCGCAGCAGUAAGUGCAAUAAAUAAUGAAGAAAAGACUUUGACAGAUUGGUACAUGGACAGCCUUAGAACAAUACAAAAUAUAAAAUCAGAUGACGUUUUUUAUGAGCCAACGAGGAAACUGAAUCUUCGCUGCAUAAGUCAAAACAUAGGAUACAAUAGACAUCAAGAAAAAACACUAAACUUUGUGGAAUCAGCAAUUCUUAUUUACGGAUCCGGUCUGAAAUGUUUGGACACAACAAAACAAAAUAAAGUAUGGAGCUUACUGGCCGAUCGACUUGUCGAAAACUUCUUUUACGAAACAGCAUCAAAAGAUUUGUCAUGCUUUAAAAUGGAACUAAAGAGACUCGAUUCCAGUUCUAAAUAUGUUAAUGACUUUGAUGAACAAUCGAUGACGAUCAGCAGUGAAAGUUGUGAGGAUAUUGUUGACAUGAUUGGUGUGGACUUGCAGCUGAGCGUACUGGAAGGUGUUUAUGGUGAUUUAGGAACAUUAACGGAUGGUGAACUUGACGCUGAUAAAUUUAAAAAUAUUUUACUAAGUCUUGUUGUGCUGAGGGAAGAAGCUAGUAGGAAAGCGGAAGUAAUUAAAGAGUUAAGGAAGUUUUUGGAUGUUGCAAUUGAUGUUGUUAAGAAUAAAUUUACUAGAAAUUAUUAAAAAUUAUU